AUGUGCCCGAAGAGUCAAGAACUCGAGGCACCUGCUGAAAAGCUGAAAACCGAAAUUUCGUGGAGGUGGGAGUGGAGAAGACACGCCUCUAAAGGUGCUGAAACGCCCCUAUAUGUGUGGAUUCUUAUGCGAAUAUUUAGGCUUACGUUACAGAAAACAAUUAACAUUCAAUAUCCCAAACCAGGUCUAUACAUAGAGCACUUAGGACAAGGCAGGUUAGACCGAGGAAUGUUCAGGAUAGAAGUAAAAUUUAACAAGUCACAGAUUGCUAAAGAUUUUGGUGAUGCAUCAAAAGUGGUGGAAGAUUUCACAAAUCUCUGUCAGUAUACCACGGAACUGUCUCAAGAAACCCAUUGCAACAUUCUCCUGUGCCAUUUAAUAGAACAAGAAAAACAGUUGCAAAAAUUUAAUGCAAGCUUAACCACAAACGUAGAACGUUUUAAAAGAGGUAUUCUUGGAAAACUGCUAACAUCUGUAUUUGGUGUCAAUGACGAAGUGUAUCAAGAUAUUAAAGCACUGCAACAAAAUCAAGAAGAACUCAUAAAAACAACUAACCAUCAAAGUAAGAUAAUGAUAUCUACAUUAUCCAAAAUCAACGACACAGAAGUUAGAAUACAAAACCAACUAGAACGCUUUAGAUCAAAACUCAACCAAGGCCUCGAUGCAAUACAUGAUAUGCAAAGUUGGUACAAUAAAGUCGAUGUCAACACCCUAAACAUUCAUACUUUAAGUGCCUACCAGAUUGGAUCAAACUUCCUAAGUAAAUUAACACAUCACUAUUCCCGAAUUCUAGAUAUUCAGUUUAAUAGAGGAACUCUGUACGAUUUAAUGUCGCCUGCUCACGUAAGAGAAAUCAUUGCGUCAGCUAACCAAAAGCUGCCAGCAAAUUUAAGAAUACUCUCCUCUCCAACGAUAAACAUAGCACUAGAAAACACCGAUAAAGAAAUCCAGAUCCUCAGUUCCUUUGUGAUACUAGACAUCUCAAACUAUGAGCUGAUCAGAGUCACACCUACACCAUUCCAUCUGGCAAACGGCUCCUACUACCUACUAGAUAUAUCAAGAAAUCUUAUUGCCAUCGACUAUAAUAAUAAUUUGUACUUCGAACUCAGCGAAGAAGAAAUUAACCACUACCUUCCAGUUCCAAAUCAUCAGUAUAUAUGUUCACCUUCUGCCGUAAGAAAUAUUGAGACCAGUCCUAAUUGUGUUAUCGAUGAAAUUUAUGAGAGACCAGGACGCAACUACUGUCACGUAAGGAAAUUUUCAACAUCUUCAGUUGUAUGGCAACAGCUACACAUGCCCAACACAUGGCUGUUUCUCACGGACAAACCUACUAGGAUAGCUGUAACAUGCAGUGGUAUUAGAGAAGACGUGUUAUUGAACAUUACAGGCAUUAUAAAACUGUCAGAAGACUGUGUCAUUAAGACAAACCAAAAUAUCCUGCAACCAAAGCAUGAAUUUCUUCCUGCAGAUAUCUUCACAGAUCGUCCAAAUCCGGAAAAUGAUUUAUCGGUAGACAUUUCUCUGGACCAAAUUAUUCCAGAAAAUCCAGAAAUACAAAUUGACAAUCAACUGAUUGCGCUGAAACUCAAAAUACCUACCUCUAAAAAUUGA